UCUGCAUCUUCCCAAGGAUAAUCUCCCCGUGGCCGGUGUCCGGGGUAGCUCUAUGGAUGGGUCAACUUCAAGACGUCCUCAUACCGGUCGGUUUGGGUUUGGUCGACACCCGCUUCUGCAAAUGGGUCUCGAAGGUCUACAAGUGCGCCGAGAGAUGCAAACACAGUGAGAAAAUACCUCCAGGUGUCGGCCUCGACGGUAAAUUUCGCCCUUUCGGUAGCCAACCGCAAAGCCUGGAAAUCGCGCAGUCCUUUCCGGAGCGCAUCCGACCCGAGCCGAAGUUUCCCAUCACCAAUGGCUCGCUGUAUACGAGCAUCGAUGGUAGGUUGCCGAUCAUCCACAACUAUCGCCGUACCAAAGACAGAAACGGGUGCAUCAAGACCAUGCCAGCGAAUUCGCUCAACGUCAACUUGCACUCGUCCCAUCUGCGGCGGCAGGAGUACGUCCGGCCUCGCCGAAUUCAACCCGUAAUGCAAGAGCCACCGCGAGCCUCGUGCGACAAGUGCGAGAUGCAAGGAGGCCCUCAGCCCUGCCAGGCGGCCCUCUCCGCCUUCGUGACUCAACCGAAUGUGCGCCGAGACGUUAGCUUCAGCAAGCAGCGCACCAUCGAACUGCGCAAGCGCAUCAGUGUCAGCGAGGACAGUCUUUACCAGCUCACGGUUCUGGACAGCAGGUCUCCGGUACUCUCCAAGUCCGACAUUAACCGACCGAGGCUCGUCAAGCGCAACAAGCUCGCCGGACGCAUGACGAAGAGUCAAGACUGCCUGAACGAUCUGCAGGUCGACCUGCACAAAUUCAGGCAGAAUCCCGAAGCCUUCCAGAAGCGGCAGGACUCCCGCCGGUCGGAGUGCGUGAGCUCGGACGAGGAGUACUUCACCGACAGCGUGACCGUCAACGACGCGAGCGGCGAGUACGACGAAUCCUCCCAGAGCAGCUACUCUAUAACCACCGAGGCGAAUUGCGACUUCGACUUCUACCAGAGCAAGGCAGUCGACGGAAUGCUGCUCGGUAAGGGUCGCGAGUCGGACGGUUACUCGAAAGGAGAUCCGGCGAAUUAUAGAACGUACGCCCGAGCUGACCUCAGGAUAACGAGGUCGAAUUCCAAAAGGUCACUGGAGAGCUUUCAGGCGUACGUCGAAGGGGAGAACGUGGUCCAGAAGAUUCAGCGCUCCAACUCGUUCAUGACGGUCGGCGAGCACGAUCGCAACGGACGUUAUGGCGGUACUCGCCGAACAACACCGAAGGUGUGCACUCAGAACAUUAAAUAUCUACAGGACGUCUACAACCAGAAUGACCUGGAGGAGAAGCAAUCGAAACCCGCCGCUUACAGCUUCAGCGUACCCGAUUUCAAGAAGAUUUUCAUCUCGGAGUAUAUUUAGUUGUUUACCGGUAGACCAACAUUCAAUUUCUUGGAUGACACCAUUGCUCUUUGUAAGAGGUUCCAGUAUACGUUAAAAUAAGUCUUAGUGUAGACUCGCUCCGUUGCAGUUGUACAUAUCAUGAUGUAAAUAAUAAUGACAAUAAAGUAACGGAGUUAUUGAAACUC